GUUUUAAAGUUUAGUGUUCAUCCAUUGAGUGGGUCGUUCGGUUGUUGUUAGUCACGUCAGUUGUCUGAUUAAAUACCGUUAAAACAGUGUAGUGCUCGUGUUAUCUGUGUUUCACUUAGCUUUUGUUUUUACAACAACAAAUAUUUUUUAAACAACGAACGUCUUGUUUUCGUAAUAUUGUUACACAUAUUAAAAAGAGUGCAACAUGUGACUUAAAACUGACUACUGGAUUAUUUUAACUCUCAAAAACUAUGGCGAAUGAGAGAAUCGCUGUAAUCACUUAUUUCACUCUUAUCGGAAUCGAAUUUUAUUAUUAAUAUCCUAAGAUGUCGCCUGAAAACGAGUGUCCAAGAUUCAAACAGAAUACUUGGAAAAAAGAUUUAUGCUCAAACUGUUUUCGUCCUAAAGAAGAACAUCCUCAAAAGCCCAAACGGGUGCACAUUGACUACAAACCAUUACCUGAAAUAUCACCUGACCUAAGUAUAUUAAAGGGGAAAAGCGCUUGUGAAAAGUCUUUAAAUGUAUCUUUUUCCAAUGUCGAAUAUGAAGUCAUUGGUUAUGGUGGCGAAGAAUAUUCCACUGAUGAAGAUUAUUCUUCAGACGACGAGGAUGUUUUGGAGUAUCCAGAUUCGGCAGAGGAAGAAGAACUAAAAAGACUGACAGAAGCCAACACAAACAUGAACGGCAAACUAAACAUAGUUCCUGAAAAAAAUAUCACUAAUCCACAGGUCACCAAAAUUACAUCUGUUAAAGCUGAAUCACCCAAAUCAAAUGGAUUAAAAAUUACUGAAAAAUCAUUAUCGCCCCCUUUAGUUACAGUGAAACCAUUUGGUGGUGAUCCAGAACCAAAAUCGUUAGUUUAUAGUUUCUUAAAAAAUAAAGAAAUAGCAGCAGCUGCCAAGAAAGAGACUCCAGUAAAAACAACUUCUGUCGUAUUAGCGAAUGUAGAGGAAAAAUCUAUUAUAUCAGAGGAAACCCCUAUCGUUAAUUGCACUAAAAAUGAAGUUCCCAUACGCAAGACUGAAAAUAAAAAGACUUCUCUGGUUAGAAGCUCAUUGGUAGCUAGCUCUAACGAAUCGUAUCUUAAUGUGAAACGGUCUAACUUUUUGGUAUCUGAAGAUACAAAACUAAUACAGGUUCUGGAUAAGCCUGCAAAAAAAGAGACUCUUGAAGUGAUUUCAUCGGUUUCCAAACUACCACAACCUGAAGAAAUUAAAACAGAAAGACUGAAAGGAAAUGAACCUACCGCAACGACAGAUACACCUUUAACGCCACCUAAAGAACCGGAGUUGCCAGCGAUCGAUAUUUCGAACAUAGCCUCUUACAAGAUGAGAAGUAAUGUCCCUCGUAUGGGUACGGCUCAAUUUAAAAUAAAAAUGCCAGUUGCUGUAGUACCUUUUCAAAAGUCUGAUUCUUGCAAAACAAUAGAAUCGCCGGAAUCGUUAACCAGUCGAGAACUAGCUGGUGAACCGGAUGGUAAAGCUGAUUCUGAUGAACCAAAUGAACAACAGCCAUCACUGCCAGUUACUCCUACUAAUCGAUCUUUUUUGCAUAGCUUCAGCAAAGAUAAAUCACCUCCCCCACCGCCCCCUUGUGAUACUCCACCGAGAACUCCUCUGAGAAAAUCAUCAAGCUGCAGCCCACCAGAGUGCCCCAGAAGUAUUAAGCGACAAGCUCCUAAACCACCUUCAACUCCCCCAUCUCCUAUGAUCGUUUGUGCCAAUAAUAAUUCUUACCUCUGCAGACAAGAGAGUAAUGUUUCGGUUUCUGAUGACGAAUCUGGAGGCCUUGACGAAAAUAUUUCCACAAAUCAUAAGCUAUUGGCUGAAUAUUGUGAACAAAUUGAAAAUGAAAAAUACUUACCUAAUAAUAAUGAAAAUAUUCCAAUUGUUGAGAGUGUUGAAACUUCAACACGUGAAUCAGCAACACUUCCAUUACCUGUUCGUCGAGUUUCAUUUGAAAAAAAAAAAUAUGGUAAAGCUGCUAGAGUUGGUUCAAAAAUAAAAAAAUUCUUGAGAAUACCUAGUAAAGAAUCAGUAAAUACUUUACCUCAGACUCCAUCUAGACCAAAAUUGGAAAUUAUUCAUCCUCUAGAUAUCAAUAAGUCUGGUGUAGAAAUAAUUCAUAAUAUUGACCUUAUACACCACAUAGAUGAGAAAAAAAUGAAAGAUUUAACUACAAAAAUGUCAUCUCAACAUCAUCCAACAAGACCAUCUAAGCCACCUCCACCGCCAAGAAGUCAUCCACCAACACCUCAAACAACAGCUGUGAAAAAUAACUUAAAACUUACUGAAUAUUGUGAUGAUGCGUCUAAAACCUGUGAUUCUAGUACUUCAGAUGAGAUUUAUGAACAGAUUAAUUACUCAGCGCCAGAAUGUGAUCAUAGUUCUGAAAUGGCCCAAUUAACAUCUAUGCAGUAUUGUGGUAGUGAAACUGAAUCAGAAAUUUAUCCUGUCAUUCAAUUUGGAGACGAUUUUGGUAUUGAAGACAGUGUGAGAAAUAUUCAAACAAAAAAUCACAAAAGUCUGGAAAAAAGUUAUGAUGCUGUUGUUAUAGCUAACCAUGAAGCAUUGUCUAAACUUUUGGAUCAGGCAUCAGGUGGUCCAAAAAUUCCUAAAGAAUUAAUGGUGUUUCAAACUAAAAGUCUUGAAUGGUCUAGUUUCCGUAUUGAUUCCACUAGUCGUUUACAAAAAGGUGAAUAUUCAUUUUACAACAGUAAAUGGUAUGAUGUCCCAGUAGUUCUCUCCAUUUCAACCAAAGAAGUUAAACUUAAAAAUGUGUUAAAUAACCACUUUACACUAACUAAAAUAUCUCAGUUCAUUGGUCAAAUUGGCAAAGAAUUUUCCAUUAGUAAUGAAAAUGAAGAAGCUUAUAUUACUUUAUGGAAUGCUCAUUGUAUUGAGAGCAUAGAAUCAUACUGCAAAGAUUACAAUGCUAAAUAUUCUGAUGUUAAUAAAGAAGCAGGUUUAAUUUUAGUGGAAACUGUUAACUUACUUAUGGGACUUCAAGCUUCAAAUGUAGAAAAGUAUACCUUGCAACCAUUUGUAAUCAGUAGAAAUCUUUUUGGGACAGAUCCAACAAUUGCUAUUAUUCAAGUUGAAAAUGUUUCAAAAGAGGAAGAUACAUUGUGUAAUAUAAUGUUAAACAUACUCAAAUUACUGGCACCUACUUGGGAAAUGACAAUAUGUUUAUCACAAGUUUUAAGACAAGGAAAAGCCAAUUCACUAUCAAAGUGUAAGGCUUUGCUGGAGUUUUGGUUGUGGGGACCCACUGGUGUCACAGUUGCUCCUGAUCGACCAUUGUCUUUAAAAAGAUGGUUAGAUUUAGAACGAGCCAACAACCUACAUAACCAUGUCUGUGCUCACUUUACCAAUCUUACAGUUCAGCAGAUUUGUUAUUUAUCAUUCUUAGUAGCCAAUAAUGAAAUGUUACUUACUGAAGUUUGGACAAUAAUAGCUGGUCUUAAGAUACAACCUCUUGGCAAUAAUUUCUAAAUUUUAAGAAUAUUAUGUUUUAAGGUUAUUACAUGUUUGACAACAACGAGAUAAAUUGCAAAUCAAAUCAUAAAUUUACUCUCAAAAUAUUUGCUCAUUUAUUGUUAAUACUAAAUUCAUAGUGUAUAUAAUUAUAUAACUUAUUUUUAUAUUUUUUAAUUGUAAAAUAUGAGUUUACAACAUUCUCUGCCAUGUCUUAAUUUUAAGUAGUUAUUAAUUUAAUAUUAUAUUUUGUUACUCAAAGUAUUUAUUUAAAAAAAAGCUCUCUAAAAUGUCAAUUAUUUUUUAAAAUAAUUUUUCCAAUAUAUAAUGUAUUCUUUUUAUGUAUGUUGUGUAAUUUACUAAAUUGAUCAAUUAUAUGACUACGAAUUCAUUGUUAUAAAUAUUUUAUUUAUCUAAUUACUUUUUCUAGAAUCUAUUAUGACGAAGUUAUUAUAUCUUGCACUUAACUACUAAGUACUCUGUAUUAAAAAUUUAUAUUCAAAAGUGAAUUUUAGAUUUUUGAACUAAAUGAAUAUUUUAAUAAAAUUUAUUCAUUAUUUACCAUCAA